CAGCCUCCUCAGGCAUUUGCGACGUCACCUGCCAUUGCCCACUCUGCCCUUCAUUCCUCUUUUUACUCCACAAACUUUUAUGCUCACUUCCUUACUGACGAAAACUGUGCCUUUAAAACUGUGCCAAUUGUGUUCAUUUCUUUAUGAAGUAGCUAUUGAUUUUAGGAGAGGUUCUGUGUAUUAGUAAACCAUAGGAAUAUUGAACAAAGUAUCAGCAGUGAAUAUUUGUGGAUAAUACAGUGAGGGGUUGUUGAUUUUUAUAGUUAUUUGUCAUCACUUUUUCAAUAAUGUAUUAGAGAUCAAGUAUGUGCUUACUAUUCCCUAUAUUCGGGAACAUGUGUUAAAAAUAUCAAACGCCCUUCUUCAGAAAAAUACCUGGGACUUUCUGCUAAGAGAAACAUGCUUGAAGUAGUCGUGACUUAUGUAACUUUGUUUGUAUUUGUGCCACGUAUGUUCCGUUUUUCCUGUGUGCGAGGACACAGCAUCUACUGGUGAGCUGUGCCAAGAAGAGAAGUGGGGAAGCCUUCCAAGAUGAGGAGGACAGAAGAGAAGGGGUGUGAAUCUGUUGACCGAGGUGACCCUGGAGUAACUGUGGCCUUUCUGACCUCUCACUCUCAUCUCUGCCCCAAACAUCCUCACUCAAGCUGUAGUCACAAGUCUCAGACUUGCCUCUGCUGGCAUUUGACGAUGGUAGCUGGUGGGCAGGAAGUUUUAGGAGCACGGACCUGUGAAAAUAAGCUGAGAAAGGACCUUGAAAAGAAGCUGCUACCUCUUCAAGUUUUCUUCUUGUUUCAGUGCAGGAGUCCAUUCAUGGAAGGAGUACCUUCCUUACUACUUUUGUUUGUUUUGGCAUAUAUGGAAGAGGAACAGAGACUUGAAAGAGACCAAGCAGUGAGUUAGAAGCGGCUGAGAAGUGUGCUUGGGUCUGUGGUGCUGGGAAACAGGUUGGAAAAUUGCUAUGGCAUCUGAACUAAAAAUGGUGGCCCCAAUUUGUCUGGUGGAAAACAUCAGGGAAGAGAUGAAAGUGAACAGGGAAGCCAUAGAGAUUCUUGAGAAGAUUUCUCAGCCAGUGGUGGUGGUGGCCAUUGUUGGACUGUAUCGUACAGGGAAAUCCUACUUGAUGAACCGCCUGGCUGGACAGAACCAUGGCUUCCCACUGCGCUCCACUGUUCAAUCUAAAACCAAGGGCAUCUGGAUGUGGUGUUUGCCCCACCCCAUCAAGCCGGACCUCACCCUGGUCCUUCUGGACACUGAGGGUCUGGGAGAUAUGGAAAAGGGUGACCCUAGGAAUGACUCCUGGAUCUUCGCCCUGGCCCUGCUUCUGAGCAGCACCUUUGUCUACAACAGCGUGGGCACCAUCAACUGCCAGGCCCUGGAGCAGCUGCACUAUGUGACAGAGCUCACAGAACUAAUCAAAGCAAAGUCUUCCUCAAAUUCUGAUGGAGUACAAGAUUCUACAGAGUUUGUGAGUUUUUUUCCAGACUUCAUCUGGGCUGUACGGGAUUUCACUCUCCAGCUGAAGCUGGGUGAUCAUUUCAUCACAGCAGAUCAAUAUCUGGACAAUGCCUUGAAGCUGAUUCCAGGUAGCAGAGCAAAGUCUGGGUGUGGGAUUUCUGCAGGAGAGGUGCUCCAAAGGUUCCUGCAGUCACAGGUGGCAAUAGAGGAAUCCAUCCUGCAGUCAGAUAAAGCUCUCACUGACAGGGAGAGGGACAUGGCAGUGGAGAAGGCCAAGAAUGAGGCAGCUCAGAAGGGACAGGAAAUUUCCACAGCGAAAGAACAGGAGUUACAGCAAGUGAAAGCAGCUCUAGAGAGGACCCACAAGGAAAACAUGGAGCAACUGGAAAAGAAGCUACUGUUGGAGAGAGAAAACCUCCUCAGAGAUCAGAAAAUGAUGUUUGAGCAACUAAUGAAGUUCCAAAAGGAUUUGCUUGAAGAAGGAUUCAACAAGAAAUCUGAGGCAAUGAAUGCGGAGUUAAAGCGUUUGAAGAGUAGAAUCAAAGCCAUAGAGAGCAGUAAUGAACCCUUUAUUACACGAGCCUUAAAUAUCGUGGGCGAAGGGAUAAUAGAGCUAUUGGGUACUCCUGGUGAAGUUCUUGGUAAGGCUGUUAAAUACAUUGGCUCAUUUUUAAAAUAAACUUUGCUCUUCUUAUAAGAAAAUUAUAGAUUAUAGAUGUAUGUGUUGGCCUAUUCUGGGGCACAUGCUUUUCAUUUUCAUUCAGCAAAAUUUUUAAAUAUAGAAGUUGCUUUUUGGAGUGUAUCUGUGCCUGGAUCACGUUCGAACAAACGGCUGUACCUGUUGACGGAUACAUUUUAAUCGCUUUUAGGCAACACACGCCUGCAACAACAUAUAUAUACAAGAAGAAGUCCACUGAGAUAAUGCUUUGAAUUGCAAAACUUGGAAAUUAGGUCAAUGUCACGUGCAUAAAUUCAUAAUAUGAAUUUUAUUAUGUGCUGGUACUAGAAUAUAAGACGUGAAAUGAGAGUGACUCUCUAGUUUGCUGAAUAUAGAAUGAUCUUGGGGAUACUGUAAAUUUAAAAUAAAAAAUGAAGUAAAAGUUUCCCAAAGCACA